AUUAGUGAGAGCUGGGCUCGCCGGUCGUGUACUGAGAGGGUAGACCAUUUUCACGAUGACGUUGUAAAUACAGGUCGGUUACGCCCGGUGAAUAUUAAUACGCUGUUCUACUCACUGAAGUGUUACCUACUGUAAAGACGGGGCAUUAUUAGAUCUUACAUACUAGGUCACAUAUGUAGCUGGGAGGUAUAUGUGCUUGGAUUUGCGGUAAAUUGUUUAAAACAAUCCAUUCCAUCGUGACUGUAACAUUCCGGUGACGCAACUCCAUGUUCCUGACGACGUAAGACCGCGUGCUGACACGUGCGUUAACUGGAUGCUGUAAGUGGCACAUCUUCAUUAGCUGCAUACAGCAAUUUACAGAAUUUUCGAUGGAGUUAUUAACACGGAAGUAACGAAAAUCACCCUGUGAUGAAGAAGAUUUUCGCCAGUCUGUUUACUGGACACAGGAAUGAUGUUAUUCAGGGAGUUCAUCGUAACAGGUGUAUUUGCCGUGCUUUCUGUAUCCUGUACUCUCUGUUGUGAACACCAGAUUUUCGUGGAAAAUGGCGGAACUGCAUCCAUAUAUUCCCCUGGAUAUGAACAGGGAAGCUAUCAACUGGACGUCCACUGCACGUGGAACAUAUCCACUACCACACACGGAAAACUGAAAUUAACGUUUUUGGAUUUCAACAUCGAGUAUCAUAUGUUAUGUAUAUGGGACUAUGUUUUGGUAUACAAUGGAACCUGUGGAAGUGGCGGAGACAUAAAACGGUACUGCGGCACUGACAUAGAAAGCAAUAUUGUGUCUUCUACCGCCGAGGCCUGUGUCGAGUUCCAUUCUGACCAGUAUGUAGUGAAGCCUGGAUUCCGACUAUUGGUCACGUCACAACAAGAACAAUUACCUACAACGGUAUCUUCAGAGAAAUCUUCAUCAGAUACAACACCGAUGAUAUUUACAUCAUCGACAACAUCACCGACGUCAUCGCUGACAACAUCAUCAACUUUACCACAGACUUCAUCGACAACCAUAUCAUCAACGCCAUCAUCUGGAGAUACUACAAUUCCUCCCUUACCUAGUACGAUCUCGCCUUUUACACCGAUGUUCCCCUACCCUUCCCAGCUGAACGUGCAAACCUUACUGAUAGGCCAGCUCAGCAGCACCUUCGAGGAUCCCACGGUUAUAGAGAUGUGUAAAGACAUCUCGUGGUACCAGGCGGAGAACCAGGCUUUGGUUAUAUCCCCAGGCUAUGCACAGAAUCAGAACUACGGCAAUAAUAGGAAUUGUCAUCUAAAAAUACUCAACCCUGGAAAGAAGGUCGUGCAGUUUUCUUUCAUCAUUUUCAAUGUUGAAAAACACCCUACCUGCGCAUGGGACAAGUUAGAAAUCACGGAAGCACAAGAUUCAAUUUUGGCGACCAUUUGUGGAUUUUCAGCAGAUACUCCCGAGAAUUUGAAGUCAUCCGCAGCAGAUAUCAACCUAGUCUUCAUCUCUGAUAACGUGGUUAACUGGAGCGGCUUUCAAGUGAAACUUUCUCUGCAUGAUACAGCACCGACACCUGAGCCACCGUCUACCUUACUCACAACAGAAGCUACUACACCGAACCCGAAUUACGUGACCACACCGGUACAAAACCACCAUCCAAUAAUUCUCGAUAAGGGAUAUCAGCAAUCAUACGUUAACGAUACCGUUACAGUCCUUUCUCCAAACUUUGGUCCAGGAAAAACUUACCCUGUCAGUGUCACGUGCGGAUUGAAAAUUCAAGCAUUGAAUAAUCAGAAAAUUCGUGUUAAUGUUUUAGAUUUCAAAGUGGAGUACCAUCCCUCUUGCUCAUGGGACAGAUUAUCUAUCUACGAUGGUCCGUCUAAAUCAUCAUCAUUAUUAGGAACAUUUUGUGGUGUCAAAUCGGAUGUAGCCAUUGACAGUAGCGGGGCUGUGCUGUUUCUGGAGUUCGUGUCUGAUUACAUCGUUCCCGACAAAGGAUUCCAGCUCGAUGUUUCAACUAAAAUAGAUGCAACCACCACUAUCGCAACUACGCCACUUCCCAUGACCUCAACUUUUGCAAUAACCACGCCCCCAACUACACCCUCCAAUGUGGAAACAACAACGUCAUAUACAGAUACCCCUGAAACUAUCCCCUCAACAACGCCCUCGACUGUGCCAGCAACUUCACUAACUGCUUCACCAUCAACCAUGUCCUCAGUUAUUCCUCUGACAACGAUUAAGACUCUGACAACUCUCCUGACCACGCCCUCGGCCACGGUCCCGACCUCGCCUUCAACUGCGACAAAAGCUACAUCCAUAAAUACUCCAACAACUAUACCACCGAACACGGCCAAGACGUCAACUUCAACUUCCAAAACGAUUUCGGUUACGUUAACAUCUUCCCCAACGACCAAACCCACGAUUCCAUCAACGACCAAGCCCUCGACGACUCUUCCGACAAGCACAUCAAAAACCACACCAUGGUAUGUAUCAACAACCACACCCAAUACACGGUUGACUACAUUGACAACUUCUACCACCGAGUCAAGCGACACUGUCAUAGAGCUAUGUGUUGGAAAGACAGCAAUAUCCCUCCCCGCUAAGGGGGUGUACGUCACGUCACCGAACUACAUCUCGGGGAACUAUCCCACUAACAUCAAGUGUGGACUUACUGUGAAUACAUCAUCAACCCAGGUAAUAUCCGUUGAAAUGAUAGAUAUGGAUAUAGAAGAAAAUGCUAUCUGCUCAUGGGAUAGUUUGUCAGUUUAUGACGGACCUACGAGAAGUUCCAAUCGUCUCGCUAAACUCUGUGGGAAAACAUUACCCCAUCAAUCGUUGCUGAGUUCGUCAAAUGUUCUCCACUUCCACUUCGAAUCUGAUUUUGUUAUUCCGCGUAAAGGAUUCAAGGCUAAAGUAACGUCUGUACAAGAUUUACUUACGGUGUCAACUACACCGAUAUCAAAACCAACAUUAGUUCCGGGAAAUACUGUCAAAAUAUCUACGGAAUCAUUAACUACUACACCGCAAGAAGCGUCAUCUAAAACACAGGCAACAACUGAAGAAACAACAAAAUUUACUGAGGGCACAACGGAACCAACAACGAUCAAUCUGGUAACAAUAUUGAAGACAUCCAUGAAAGUUCCAACAACGCCAACAACAACACUAUCGACGACAGCGAUGAUGACAACGGCGGCGUCGAAACCAGCGACGUCAAUAACGUCACCAGCAGCUUUACACAUAACGUCAAUGACAUCGACGACGACGUUAAAGACAACAACAAAAUCAACAACGAUGAUGACAACGAUGCCAAAAACAAAGACAAAAAUAUCAUCAAUAACAAAACCACCGUCGUCUACGAUGACAACACAAUCAGCGACGAUGACUAGUCCACAAACAAGUUUUACGACAACGGUCGCGAAUGUGACGAAUCUGCCUUUAGAAUGUCGGGGAGUCCCACAAGUACAUACCUUGCCAUCUGGGACCAUACAGUCACCUGGUAUAGACCUCCCCUAUCCACACAAUACAACCUGUGAAUGGGUUGUUAUCGCCGCAAGUAACCAUGUGAUUGAACUGAACUUCUUUGAGUUUGACCUUGAACCUGAUUGUGAUGCUAGCCGUGUAACCAUCUAUGACUCCUCGACGUCCAUUGGUCCAAUACUGGCGACGUUCUGUGGCGGUGAUAUCCCGGGGAAUGUAACUUCAACCUCCAAGGUCUUGUUUGUUAGUCUUAUGAGUAACAACACUACGAAGGACAAUGGAUUCAAGGCUAAUUACACAGCGAUAGCAAAAGUGGUGCCGGUGCAGCCUUGUCUGGCCGGUGAAUUCGCCUGUCCGGGCGGAGAGUGUAUACCCGAUGAGUGGUUAUGUGACGGUGAGGUCGACUGCAUUGGCGCGGGGGACGAACUGUCAUGUCAACUCUGCCUGGAUGGAGAAUUUCGGUGUGGGAAUGGCGAAUGUAUUCCUGGGCUGUUAAGAUGUGAUGGACACGAUGAUUGCGUGGAGGGGCUGGACGAGUAUAACUGCCUUUCCAUUGGAGAUGCAGGUCAGUACGUAAUGGUGAUGUAUCACGCGCAGUGGUACCCAGUCUGUAGCGACGACUGGAGUACACAAACAAGUGACGUCAUCUGCCAACAACUCGCCUUCAGUGAUUCUACGUCGAUGACACCGGUGAACACGGACAGUAUGGUGUUCAUGACUCUUAAGGACGAUUCGCCAGUUACAUCCCAGUCCAUACACACGAUGUUCGAACCCACGCUCAACUGUAACAGUAGACAACAAGUACAACUUCAAUGUAAACACAAUGGAUGUGGUAUGAGAAGCCCAAAUUUGAUGCAGCCAUACAUCAUAGGCGGCACAAAAUCCUAUACCGGCCAAUGGCCGUGGAUGGUGGCCCUAAAAAUCAACCAAAAAUUUAUUUGUGGCGGCACACUAAUUAGUCAACAGUGGGUUGCCACAGCUAGUCAUUGUAUCGAGUCGGUAUCUGCAAGACCGUAUCUUUUGAAUGUGAUGUUAGGUUCCAUAGCGAUGAACCCAGCCGACGCCGUUUAUUACAAGGUCACAGAGGUCAUCAUACAUCCAGACAAUUUCUUCAUUUACCAGGCAGAUCUUGCGCUCCUGAGGUUGCAAAAACCAGUAAUUUUCAACGACCACGUAAACUCCCUUUGCUUGGCAACGGAGGGGCACGCACUCACAAAAAGUUCUAUUUGUUAUGUAUCUGGAUGGGGUGUGUUGUCUGUAUCAGACUUUUACUCCACUAUAAUGCCGGAGUACUUGCACCACGCUAAAAUGAAGUUAGUGACUCACUCAAAGUGUAAAGAAUCGUAUCAGGGCAAGCUCAAGGAUACAAUGUUGUGUGCUGGGUAUGACCUCGGCAGGAUCGACUCAUGUAAGGGUGACAGUGGCGGGCCUCUUAUGUGUAAAGUCAGUGCAGACAGGUGGGUUUUGGCCGGAAUCACAAGCUGGGGAGAGACACCCUGUGGUCAAGCAAUGAAACCCGGGGUUUAUACAAGAGUGGACAAGUACAGAGAUUGGAUCUUAGGAAUCAUGGACGAUGAUGGAAAACAAUACAACUGUACGUAUGAAACGCCGGGACUUUGCGGUCAUAUUGACGUCUCUCUGAGUGAAUUCAUGUGGACCCGGAGAUCACAUGACCCUACAUUUGAUCACACGUGGGGAAAUGCUACAGGACAUUUCAUGUACGCAGAAAAUCCGAACGGCCUAGGGGCUUCCUCUCAUGAAGCAAUUUUGAAAAUCCCCGCUUUCUUAAAGGAUGACGUAAAAUGCAUGUCAUUAGCAGUUUUCUUUUCUGGAUCUCAGUCCGACAUGAAACUGAAGAUUAUGGGUCACGUGACACCGAAUGUAAUCCGACAGCUAUCCGAAAUAUCCUCCUUUUCUAGUUCCUGGUCUGUUGCAUACAUCACUAUCGACGAUGAUGUCACAGAAGUCGAUAUUGUGGCUGUGAGAGGAGUGCGUGGAAAUGUUGGUGUGGCAAUUGAUGACGUAAUGGUCGCCGGAGGUCAUUGUCAAGAUAAUAUCAAACUUGGCUGUACGUUUGACGGAGGAAACACGUGUCUUUACACAAACGACAAAGAUGAUAUAUAUGACUGGAGUUUACAGUCUGCGGAGAUUGGUUACUUUAUAGAAUUUAGUGGUGCAGAUAAAUAUCCCGGAGACAAGGCAAGGUUUUCUUCUCCAAUAAUGACCCGGUCCAUCCCUCGUUGUGUGAAGUUUUUAUAUCAAGUCUGCCCUCAGUCGUCGGGCACUCUUACCCUCCUAACACAAGUCUACUUUGGGGGCGUUCCUCUUUUACGUGCCCCGGUGUGGACUUCGCAGCUGUCAAACUGUACCGACUGGAGUCUAGCCCAGGUGGACGUGGAUCACCAGUCUCACCCAUUUGGUGUAGCUUUCGAGGCAUCAAGGGGCCAGCAUUCCGGUAGCAUUAGAGUUGAUGAUAUCAGUAUUACCCAAGGUAACUGCUUCUAGGCAGUUAUUAUAAUAUAUAUAUAUAUAUUUAUUGUAUGAAAUGACAUCUAACAGUACCACUCAUAUGUAAAGCAUCGGGACAUCUAAUAAAGUGACUGUGUAAAUAUGGUGACUAAAUGAAGUAAUCCAUAUGUCACAGACAGACAGACACAUACAGAUACACACACACAGACACACAGACACACACACGCUGACAUGCGGCCAUUUCUAUACAUUAUUUGACAACAGUACAAACGUUUACAACACCGGGAAACGUGUUAAAUUUUCUCUAAUAAACGACUAAGGAUAAUCUGACAUUACAUGUACAGGCCACUUGUUACAUUGAUAUCAGUACACACAUGUGUAAUAUGUAUACUUGUGACAGUGUUUGAUAUCAGUACACAUAUGUGUAAGAUGUACAUGUAUAUUUGUUAGUGUUUGAUAUCAGUACACACAUGUGUAAUAUGUAUACUUGUGAUAGUGUUUGAUAUCAGUACACACAUGUGUAAGAUGUACAUAUAUAUUUGUUAGUGUUUUAUAUCAGUACACAUGUGUAAGAUAUACUUGUAUACAAGUUACAGUUUUUUUUAUAUCAGUACACUUAUGUGUAAGAUGUACAUAUUAAUUUGUUAGUGUUUGAUAUCAGUACACAUAUGUGUAAGAUGUACAUAUAUAUUUGUUAGUGUUUGAUAUCAGUACACAUAUGUGUAAGAUGUACAUCUAUAUUUGUUAGUGUUUGAUAUCAGUACACAUGUGUAAGAUAUACAUGUAUACAAGUUACGGUUUUUUUUAUAUCAGUACACUUAUGUGUAAGAUGUACAUGUAUACGUGUUACAGUGUUUGAUAUCAGUACACAUAUGUGUAAUAUGUACAUGUAUAUUUGUUAGUGUUUGAUAUCAGUACACACAUGUGUAAGAUGUACAUGUAUACGUGUUACAGUGUUUGAUAUCAGUACACAUAUGUGUAAUAUGUAUACUUGUGACAGUGUUUGAUAUCAGUACACAUAUGUGUAAGAUGUACAUGUAUACUUGUGACAGUGUUUGAUAUCAGUACACAUGUGUGUAAGAUGUACAUAUACUUGUUACAGUGUUUGAUAUCAGUACUCUAUUACUAUUUCUCGGAUUUUUGGACGUGUGAAAUACUGUAGUCCUCGCCCAGUGUAACCGCAUCUGAUACCACACGUGUAAACACUUGACAACAUUGAAUGCGUGUGUUUGACAGCCUGCAUAAAAACACGAUGUUUAUUUCCUUCUUUCGUAAAACCGUUAGGCCUGUAAAUAACACCGCUGUAACAUGCCACGUGUUAGAGUAUCCUGUAAACUGAGAUAAUCUGAUAGCACACUCAGCCUAGCAAUGUAAAUACAACUAUCUCUCUCCUAACAUGUUUCCAGGUUAUAAUUGGGUCAUUCACGUGACCUACAAUUCUGAUGGAGACCCAUCCUUAUAAAAGAUAGCCGACUAAAGAUAGCCUAUCAAUUAGCCAGUCCCAUCAACGUUAGUCCGAAUAGAGUCAAACUUCCUCUCUAUCGGGAAACCAACGUUUUCCUGUGUAGAUGACUCGGAUCAUUGUUUAACUGAUGGUCUGAGAGUUGAAUAACACAGGGUAUUGUGGUAGAAAGCAUUUUCUACCACAAUACCCUGUGUUAUUCACUUUAUAAUACACUUUAUUUGCAUACGCGAAAUUAUACUUGGCCACGUUUCCCUUUGAUUCAAGCCGAUAUUAUUGUGGUAGAAACAGGUCACACGACUCGAAA